AUGGAUCAUGGUAUUGAAAUACCAGAUGUAAGCUUAACAGCAGGUAGGAAUCAUACACUGGAUGGAAUGUGUGAAGCUAGUAAUGAUUCAUUAGAAGCAGAGGUAUUAGAGUUAAAAAUCCAGUUAGAAAAUCUUCAAGAGACCAUUGACGAAAUAAAGAAAAGUCACAAACAAUGUUAUUGUAGUCUUACUCAAGAUUAUGACAAAUUAGUAUUAGAUUAUAAUCAAAUAGAAAAUAAUAUAUCAGAAAUACAAAAGGAUAACUGUGUUAUGCGAAGCACUAAACAUUCUAAAAAUCAGAAAGAGUUACAAAUGGUCAAAGAAAUCGAUGAAUUAAGAUUUUUCUUAAAAAAAAAUAAAGAAUGCAAUGACAUUCUUCAAGAUAAAACUCAGAAGGAACAAUCAUGUGGCGAUUUACUGAAAAAACAACUGUGUGAUUUGGAAAACGUAAUUCCUUGCAAAACUAUUGAAAUGGAAAUAUCACGAUGCAAAUUGACCGAUGUGGAAAAAACUAUUUGUUGCGAAAACGUAAAAUUGCAAGAGUUACAACGGCAGAAUGCUGAACACGAGAAAACAAUCAAGGAUUUAACGUCCGAAUACCAGGAACUGGAAGCUAAAUUGUUGGCGCUCAAAGAAAAAGGUCCGGUAAAGUUGGCUGCAGCCAAUCAAUCCUUGGAGACAAAUAAGGUGGAACUAACCGAUGCUUGCACAACGGCAGCAGAUUGGAAAGCCAAGUGCGAUAACGCGGAAGACGAGUAUCGAAAAUUGGAGACGACCAUCUGCGAGGAGAAGUUGGAAGCAAAAUCAGUGCUCAAUGAUCUCUGCAGAGAGAGUGACCGGUUGACCGCUCAAUUAUCGGAAACGUCCAACAGUUUAUCAGUUGCAAGGUGUGACAGCAAGCAACUAUUGGCUUGUGUUAGAACAAAAACCAAUCAAUUGGACGAAUUAAAAACCGAGAGGGAGGUGUUGAAAAAACGGGUGAAUCAGUAUCGCUUGCAGCAGGCAGUGCAGCAGGCAAAGAUCGAUGUGGAAACCAAAAUGAUCGAAGACCAGAAAACCCUCAAUAACCAAAGGCUGAUAGCAAUCAAAAACGAAAUAGAAGCUCUUAAACAGGCGAGCAAUCAACGUGAGGAGAUUAUAAAGAUCGCGAGGAACGAACUAAAUGGAGACUGUUUGACAAAUCGAUCAAUCCAACGGUUUUCGAUGUAG